GAAAUAUUGAAAGAGGUCGUCGACUCGGCAUAACUGAGUAAAGGAGGAGCGAGAGAAGAGAUCUCUUCUUACUCUCCUUUUAGUGGAGCAUACGGGCCGCUUGUUCUAUAAAGAAUGGGUCUCGAAGAGAUAGGGAAUGUAAUCUACUUUGGCUUCUUUGCCUCCUUCUUUGGUGGUUGGGUCCCAGUACGUGCAAAGAAUCUCAAACUCGCCGUAUUCCACCUUUACCUCUUUGUCACCAUGCUAAUAUUCCCUCUUAUCAUAUACAUUGUUGACAGUACACGUAUUGCUGGCUGGGUGGUGUAUGGUUUUAUAACGGCGAUUAGUUUCAUAUUAUUAAAAGUUACGAACUAUAGACUGCACAAGGCACUAGGGAGUGAUCCACCUCCCGAAUCAGAAACACCUUCGUCUGUUGAUGAACAGGAGACUAACGACGACACAAAAGAAGAUGCUAAAAAAGAAGAGACGACAGAAAAUAAACAAGAAGAAGAAGAAGAAGAAGAAGAUAAUGCCAGUGUAAUUAUUAAAGAUGGCGCUGAAGGUGGAGAGAAAAUGGCCGAAGUAGCAAGAUUGGAGAGACUCCCAACUUCAGACGAUGAUAGUAGACACCAGCUGUCAGCGAGUACGCUCAAUGAUGGCAGCUCGUUGCAAUAUAAUAAUAUGUCUACUCCAGAGGUUGAAUUGUCGCAGGUCUCUCAGCCGUGCAUAGAGGAAAAGAAGGAAGAAAAGCAAAGCAGUGAAGGUGUUGUUGAUGAUGACAUAAAACCGUAUGAGUCAAGUAACGAAGACCACACCUCUAUUGGUAGUCGUCAGAGAGUGUGUCAGCGUAGUUUAAGACAAGACUCCUCAAGAGGCAGGAGAGAAAGAGAGGAGACACUCCAAGAGGUUUCCAAUGUUCUUAGUCAGACUCCUUACUCUGAACUCUCCCAAGUUGUUAAUAAAAUGCCGACUCGUGUCCACGAGGCUAUAUUGAGUGGGGUUGUCACUGAUGAAGAAUAUCGCUCAUUGGUAUCGCGUAUUGGUGAGUUGAGAAGAGGAAAGCAUUUAGCAGUAGACACUGAAGAUUUCAGUCCUGGAUCAAUACACUGGAUUGAUGGCCAAAUUGAUUUUUACGUGUUUGAUAACGAGACAGAGGAUGAAGACUUUACAGCAAUGCUACGCGAUUUAAUGAGGAACGACUUUGAAAGCUACCCUACUUUCUUUCAGACUCCGCCCACUCCACCUGUAGUACCCCCAAAACCUAAAAAACCCGAUAUAGAUGACCACGCCCAAAACGACGAUUCGUCUCUGCCCACGCCUUACAUUCUGUUAUUGCCGAGAAUAGCAAAAACAAAAGUAACUUUAAAUUUUACCCGAAGGCAAUUAGAGGAUUACAUGGACAGGAAUGUGUCUAUCACUGAGGUUGUUAUUGCUAUUACACUGUCAGUGCUAGUGUGUGUCAUUGGGGCACUACUGCUCACCAUUCCGGAGUAUUACAAUGGAUUCUGGGUAUUUGCUCUCUGCUUUGUAAUCGCCACUACACACUUCUCUCUUAUAAAGAGCGUCCAGUCUGAUCCUGCUUCCCCUAGUCCCGGUCAAAAUCGCAUCAAUGCAAUGGGUAGAGCUUUUUAUUUCAUAUUUGUUGGGAUUUUGGCUUUACUGUUUGAUGUGAUACUCCGCAACACGGGCAGUUACACUCCGGCCUGUAUUUAUCAUUUUAAUUACAACAAUCCUGAGCUCAUCACUUUUAUUAGGGAUGGACUCUUCAUAUUCAUUCUAUUGUUGCCUAUUCUAUUCACUCUUGGUUGGAUGCCACAGUGUGACACGUUUCUAAUUAAUGCCCUUGAACAUAUUGAUAUUCACAUCUUUGGCGGUACAGCUUCAACUGGUUUGAUUUGUAGUGCCUAUGGUAUGGUUAGAAAUCUUUUUGCUGUAGCUUGUCUCCUACCACUUGGCUAUGCUGCCUUUGUCUCUUUGGAAAACGACCCUGGCUACAUUGGCAGCGAUUGCUCUGUGACAUUUUCCAGUUACCGCAAGAGCGAGGAUCUCUUGAUACUAAGUCAGCAGUGUACUAAUUCCGGUCGAGUCGCUCUCUCCUUCUUUCUUGGAGGUGUGGUCAUGGCUUCGUACGCUCUUAGUCGCUCGACCACUAACCAUCAAUACAUACUUGAUUUGGCUCUCAUGUGUUUGAAAAAGGUUUGGGAUAAAUUAAGACACACCCAUCACUCGGCCCCUCCUACGAUCGACCCUCUCGACCAAAUGUAUCGUAAGAUUAUGUGUAAGAGGCUUCUCGUUGAUGCUGCUGUUGGUUUGUUGCUUUUGGUUACUGUCACUAUACUGAAUCUCACCACUCUAUUCUGUCAAACUGAGGUGUUAGCUUAUGUUGUGUAUGGAAUAACUGGAGUCCUUGGGAUCAUCAAUCAUUACUUGUUGCCCCAUCUUCGUAAGGAGACUCCUUAUCUCUGCUUCACUAAACCUUGUAUCACUUCCGACGAGUACAACCAAUUUGAAGUCACAGAGCAACCCAAAGUCUCUCUCGUUGAGCAGUUGUUGCAAGUUUCGCUUUUUCUUGAGAAGAACGUGUUUUAUCCUCUUUGCUUUUUAUUUGGUAUUAACAUCACUGCAGUGUACUACAGAGCAAAGUUUGGGGAAAUUGGUGCUGCCCUUGUUGUUAGUGUUGUUGGUAUGAAGUUGUUCAGGACUGCCUACUCUGAGCUCUCGAGACAGCACGCCAUUCUCAUACUCUCCCUCCUCUUCUUUAACUUUGAUUACGCUCACUUGAACGAGGGAUUCCCUAUUAAUUAUUUCGUCGCUGCCAUACUGUUCAGCAAAGUAUAUGAGCUUUAUUUGAAGGUGUACUUCAUCUUGAUAUACAUCAUGCCUGGUUCUUGGAGCUCUCCUUUUCACAUUGUCAUACAACCUUUACUGAUACCUCACUGCCCAUUGAUAUUUUUUGAGACUCUAAUAGGCACAAUGAUCAAUGCUCCAAUGAAUCCUGUUAUUGCCUCCUCCAUGUUCUUCCUUUCGUACGCUAGACCAAUAAAAUUCUGGGAGAAAGACUACAAUACUAAAAGACGUGAUACUAGUAACACUAGACUGGAACAGCAAUUAGAAACCAAUAUUAGAAACCCUAAUCCCGAUCAUUUGGACAGUCUGUUCUACGAGCAGCUCUCCUGGUCGCUCCAGCGUGACCUCUGUGGUGACAUCAUGCUGGGUAGGUGGGGGCGUGUCACCUCCGGAGACUUCUUCAUACUAACGAAUGACCAGUUGAACGCGUUGGUACACAUUAUUGAGAUCGGCAAUGGAUUUGUUACUUUCCAACUUAGAGGACUGGAAUUUAGAGGUACUUAUUGUCAUCAGAGGGAGAGAGAAGCCAUAGCAGAACCAUUCUCAGACGAUGAAGGUUGCUGCUGUUGUCGGCUCCCUUACACUCUAGCCUGUAACAAGGCUCUCUGUGCUCGCUGGAUGGCGUGGGAGGUUAUAUCAUCCUCGUACACACUCCACGGAUACAGUAUAUCAGAGAACCAGGCACACUUAGCUUUUAAUGCCUUUGACUAUAAGAAAAUGUUUGUCACUUAUUAUGUGAAGUGUAUAAUCUAUUAUUUGUUCAAGUAUCCUCAGUUGCUUGAGUUACUAUCCAACGAGCAGUUACAAGAGUCCCUAGCGUUGCUAACUGAUCCUGAUUCGAGCGAUCUCGAUCCUCUCUUUGAUCAGCACAGAAAUAUUGACUACAGCAGUACGUCUGGUGGGAUUUCAAGAAGGAACUUUGUCACGUCUCACUACGACUUUAUACUUACCUGCGUCAGAAAGAGCUCUAUUGGAGCGACAGAAAUUGAUACGAGUGAGGAGUCCUUUCUUGUCACGUUAUGUUUUGCUUAUUCGUUGUUGGGCAGACGUCUGUUUUUCACUCACGCCAACACUGGAUCAGGAAGAAGAGGUGAUAACUUUAUGCAUGGGCUAUAUCGUAUGUUCCUCGGUGAUGCACGUCCUAACGGCGAAAAAGACGAAUGGAUUUUCAUUGAUGUUGACAGUAUACAGCAAGUUAUUAUACCAGCUGUUAGGACAGCACUCAAAGUUCACCAGGAUAGCUUUACAUUCACAGCUGGUGAGACGGAAGCCUCCGAAGCAAUAUACGACGCUAUCAUUGAUACUGAUAAUAAUCAUCUGGUGACGCAUGAAAAUGAUAGAAUAUGGAGAGACGGAGUAUUCCUCAAUAGACCCUCACUAUUAGCUUUAAGAUAUCAACGCACUGAAGAUUCUUAUGUCCAUCCUUACAAGAUAAUAAGAUUGACGUCAAAAUUUAUUAAAUUCCGUGUUGUCAAGGUAAACCGCGAAUGUGUUCGUAGUCUAUGGAGCAGCCAGCAACACGAGUUGAUAUUCCUACGGAACAGCGACAGUGAACGUGGAUCCAUACAGAACCACAAAGCCUCUCUUAGGAAUAUGAUUAAUUCGUCCAUGGACCUUCCGAUCGGGUACCCAAUAUACGUAUCACCACUCCAGACCUCGUUCUUAGAGAGACACGCCCCCUUUAACGAAUCAAAGAUCGGCCAAGCCUCGAAUCCAGGGAAAUACUGGGAAUAUUUGAAGAAAUUUUAUCAAAAGUUUUGCACUGAGUCUCCACGCACUAGACGAAACCGAAGGUCAAAGGUCACGUCAUCCCUUGCUAGCGCCGAUAGUCUAACGGGCGUGGUCAGACGGACCAGUGACGGGCCGAGCAAUGUACAUACUCUUGACGAAGGACGGCCUCAUGCAGCUAACAUUGACGAUGAUUCUGACUCGGACGACGAUUUCUGGAAACCGAUUUGGAUUGGGAAACAGGUCGCGAUAGUUAACGAGGACGAGAUUUUUAACUCUUUCAACGAAAACUGGCUCCAAUGGCCUGACAAGAGCUGGCCUGGGAAAGCCACACCCACAAGCUGGGCGGGAUGGAAGCCAUGCAAAGGAAUGACUGGAGAAGUAAUCCACGAGUGGAGACCGUUUCAUGUCACUUCGACAAGUCGUAGUCACAUUGAUAAAGUUAUAUUGUUAAUAAAGGUUGCCGAUAAUUUGGUUCUAAUUAAAGAGCAGGGUGUACACGAGGUUUGAAAUGACAUUUAUUAUUAUUAUUAUUCAAAUUUAUUAUUAUUAUUUCUAAAAGUAGCUUAUUGCAUAUUAAUAUUAUAAUUAUUAGUGUUUGUUUGUAACAAUAAUAAUAAUAACACUGUGACUAAUAUAUAUUGUUGUUUAUACCAUAAUAAUAAUAAUUGUUUGUAUUUAUCAGCAAAAAA